UGUCACGGUUGCAGUAUUACGACCGCGAGUUUACGUACAGCGGUGCUGUCGCGUUCACCAAGAAGCCGAGAGCGCGUUAAUUCCGCGUAAUAACUGCGCUUUUUUUUCAAUCGUAUAUUUGUUUAUCACACAAGGCGGGUAGAAUCGUUUGAACAGUGCGGUUGAAAGUGGAGUAACUGUUCGACGUACAGUCGGCAAGGCCAAUAAGGGGCUCACAAAACUGAAUGGAUACUUCGGCGUCGCGGUCGCUCCUAGGAACUCGUAGUUUAUCUGCGUUAUGGCUCCUCCUGUUACUAUCGCCCGCCGCCGUUCACGCCUCGUACAGCAUCGGCGUCGGAAGGGCCGACAGCACGGGGCCGGCCGCAGAGAUUGUCUUCAUGGGAUACGCGAAUAUAGAGCAGAAAGGGACUGGCAUUCACCUUCGAACCUUUGCCAGAGCCUUCAUAAUUGACGAUGGCGUGGAAAGGUUCGUGUUUGUCAACGUGGACAGCGCGAUGAUAGGCAACGACAUUCGACAGGAGGUACUGCGUAAAUUGAAGACCCAAUUUGGCGAUAUGUACACGGAGAGGAACGUGAUGAUUAGCGGCACGCACACGCACUCGUCCCCCGGCGGCUUCAUGCUGGAUGUGCUUUUCGAUUUGAGCACAUUCGGCUUCGUCAGGGAGACAUUCGACGCGAUCGUCGACGGCAUAACGAACAGCAUCCAGCGUGCCCACAAUGCCGUCGUGCCUGGAAGAAUCUUUAUCACCCACGGGGAGGUUUUGGACGUGAACAUUAACAGGAGCCCGCAGGCAUACAUUAACAAUCCGAAAUCGGAAAGAGAUAAGUACAAAUACAACGUGGACAAGACGCUGACGCAGAUGCAAUUCAUCGGCGCCGACGAUAAGCCCCUGGGCGUUAUAAAUUGGUUCCCCGUGCAUCCAACUAGUAUGAACAACACGAAUCAUCUGAUCUCGAGCGACAAUAUGGGCUACGCUUCGGUCCUCUUCGAGAGAAUGAUGAAUAAUAAUGCCAUGGUCGGCAAAGGCGAAUUCGUGGCAGCCUUCGCCUCGUCCAAUCUCGGCGACGUUUCGCCGAAUACACGCGGCCCGAAGUGCGAGUUCUCUGGAAAGAACUGCUCCGACCAGUACACGUGUCCCGGAAAGAAGGAAAGGUGCUUCGCCUCCGGUCCCGGAAAGGAUAUGUUCGACAGCACGAGCAUUAUCGCUCACAAAAUUUUUCAGGAAUCCACGGUAAGUGCGACUUUCCUUGUCAUUUUUUUUUUACGAGCCUCGUAUUUCGCGACGUCCAUAGCUCCCUUCAUUUAUUAUAUGCGCAAUAGAUGCGUGCAACAGUGAGAUAGCAUUUGUAAUUUAAAGUAAUAGCGAAUACUUGCACAUCCGGAUACUUCCCACGUCGGAAGUGAUUUUUACCAUGUCCGUUUUAAAGCAGAGACGAGAGAGAGAGAAAAAAAAGAAGAAUUAAUAACGAUUUCUCUCGGCGGCUGUAAAUGCCAAAAACGGACGUUUUAAUUGAACGUAAAAAUCAGAUCGCGCAUGUGACUCGCGGAAAACUGAAGUAAUUGGAAAGCGUGCAUGUGAAUUUCACGGUCUUGGUUGAUGCGAGUUAAGUUCAAGUGCUCGGACAAAGCGGCGCAAUGCCGUAAGUAAGUGUUACUGCUCGAAUCCAGCGGUUGCAGGUUACGCGUGCGUUUCCCAGAAUGUGUACGUAUAUAUAUGUAUGUGUGUAUUGUUAAUUACGCGGUGGCAUAUGUGAAACUUAUUAGCGGUGCAAGGGAAACCACCGACGCGUCCAGAUUGUUAUCGGGCAAAUUAAGCAAUUUCGCGCGCGCGCGCAGUGUGAUUUGUUAAGAGCGAUACGCUAAUUAACCCUAGGUAUACACAUUGUUUUUUUGACGUCGUAUACACACUUGGGGUCCCGGAGAUCGCAUCCAUAUUUAUUACUGUAAUUCUAGUAAAAAUUGGACAUAUUUCAAUUAAUUUUUUUUUCAAUCGAUAGAGAAUCGACCACGGAACAAGCUCAUAGUGUGUAAAAGUCGAUAGAAUUAAGGAACUCCAAGAUAUACGGAUUCAAAGAAAAAGGAAAGUUAAAAAAACGCGAAAAAAUCU